AUCUACCUAAGGAAGUGUCUAUGCGGGUACAACCAUAUAAAGAACUGACACUGCCUCGUUGUACUGUAAAACUCCAACUCCACCUUUUCGAAAUCUACAAUCAUGGCUCCUUCUGCUACCGAAACAAUCACCAUUCCAAGCCAAACCGAGACACCAACGGUAAAGCUGACCUCCAAUUCUGGUCCAUAUAAGGAGUUAGCUCCAAUUGGUUACGAAAAGUCCGCCGAGGAAGAAGGCAGUCAUCCUGCCAAAGUAAGUAGUCAGGGAGACGACUCCAUAACCUAUCUAACAAGUGAACAGUAUCAGAAUUAUCUACCGCACUGGGGCAAUGAGCUUUACCCUCCUCUUGAACGAUACGAACACCGAGACCGAGGCAUAGAUGCUGAUACAAAAUACCCCGAUCUACUCUCAGAGGGAGUCGAAGUCAAUGACUUGACACCUACAAUUGGUACUGAGGUCACAGGUGUGCAAAUCAGCAAGUUGAGUAACGCAGGCAAGGACCAAUUGGCAAGACUCGUUGCAGAAAGAAAGGUUAUUGCAUUUCGGGAUCAGGACUUUGCAGACUUGCCAAUUCCUGACGCCUUAGACUACGUUCGAUAUUUUGGGCGUCUACAUAGUAAGACUUCUCCAAGGUUCUUUGCUCUUCUCGCUUGUUUCAGAACUCGAUACUUUUUUCUCAAUUAGUAUUCUCUACUUCAUGAUGGCUUUAGCGAUGAUUUCAGAAGAUAGUACUGACUGAGAUUCUCAAUAGUCCACCCAACCUCUGGAGCUCCAAAGGGUCACCCGGAGGUCCAUCUAGUACACAGGGGCUUGGGAGAUAAAACCGCACAAGCAUUUUUCCAAACCAGAACAAGUUCUGUGGCCUGGCACUCAGACGUAUCAUAUGAAAACCAGCCUCCCGGAACAACAUUUCUGUAUAUCUUAGAUGUCCCCGAAGCAGGAGGCGACACUCUUUUCGCAAACCAAGUCGAGGCCUACAAUCGACUUAGCCCAGCUUUCCAGGAGAGACUUCAUGGAUUGAAAGCAAUCCAUUCUGGAAUUGAGCAGGUAGAAGCCUCGAGAAGUAAAGGGGGAGCUGUACGAAGAGAGCCAGUGACGACUGAGCACCCUCUCGUGAGAACACACCCUGCAACUGGGGAGAAAGCGUUAUAUGUCAACCCGCAAUGUAAGUGUUUUGUAUUUGCAGUCGCACCUCAAUGAUUACUAAUGUGGCGUCAGUUACUCGAAGUAUUGUUGGGUACAAGCAGGAAGAGAGCGAUAUGUUAUUGGUAAGUCAUAUUCUUAGCAUGAUUGCAAGCUAGGCCAACACGUUCAAGAAAUUCCUCUAUGACCAUAUUGCAUAUGGAGCAGACUUCCAGGCCAGACUUAAGUGGCAAGCGAAAACCGUGGUUGUCUGGGACAAUAGAACGACAAGUCACUCAGCUCUAGUGGACUGGAAAACGGGACAGAGACGCCAUCUCGCUAGAAUUGCUCCUCAAGCUGAGGCUCCAUUUGAGACUCCUUUCAAGGCUUGAAGGAACUUUGGUCGUUUAUUUUGAGAUGCUCUGUAAGUCAGGCAAUUCCCACACGUAAGAGAUAAGUGAGCAGUCAAACAAUGAUACCAGGCGAACUUUGAUGGGUAUGCUGGACUUGGUGGAAUAUUGGCAGGGUUCUGUGAACUCGAUGGGCCAAAGGG